AGUCGUUUGCUACUCCGAAAGAAGAAAGAUAGAAAAUACCUCUCAUCGUCUCUCACCCUUCACAAGCAACACUCAGCUGUUACCAUUUUCCCUGCUUUAGCUUUUGCGCCACCGUGCUCGCUCUGCUUGCUUGACCAUAAACUUUCUUUUCCUUUCUCCUCUCUAUUCGCUGCAAUUUUUCGCCUUUCAGAGAACGCGAAGAGCUCCUUUGUUGUUGCUCUACCUAUAAAGCAGACAACCAACACGUUCGUUUAUCCGCUCAAGGACAGCGAACACCAUAGAACAGCAUCAUUAACUCACCUCCUCCCUCUCCCUUUCUAUCUUCUACUAAAAAUAUAUAUAUUGCCUCUCGGUGCACGUUCUCUUUCUCGGUGUUACUUUCGUUUGUCCCCCCUCCCCUUUGGGAAGCCUUACGUGAGCCGCCUCACUUGAACGGAGCAACGAGCGCACGUGCAGUCUCCUUCGACGCCAUACAUCUAAACUAUCGGGCACACCGCUGCAUCGACGCCAGUGCCGCGGCUUCUUCGUGGAUCGACUGCGUUUCAUCACUUGCUGCGGUGUAGCACGACGACGAUCACCGCCGAAGCGUUCUUGUGAGUUCUUUUUCUGUUUUUUUUCUCUGUCCCCCUCCCCUCUACAAAAAGGGAAAGGAAAUGGCUCACACUUCUCCUCUGACGGACUGCACGCGGGACACGAUCCAGGCCAUGAACCGCACCGCCGGUGUCAACGCCAGCAGCUCCCUCUCCAAGUCGGCCAAGUUGCGGCGGCACAACCCGUACGCCAGCCGCCUCCUGGCCCCAGAGGACUCCGUGGAGUUCAACAACAGCAUUCUGAACUCCCCCCUCUCUGCCCGGCACUCCCCGCUGAACUGGGAGGCGCGCGCCUUCGAUCCGACCUUCAUGUACAGCAGAAUCAGCACUCCUUACAUUGGCCAGUCCUUCUCCAGCCUGAACUCGGAUGCGCAGGUGCGCCGCAGCCUCUUCGGGGACAGCCCGGCGGCGCUGGCCGUCAACCACUGUGCGGAGGCGCCGGCGGUGGAGCACAGCAGCAACAACAUUCACAUCAGCGUGAACGUUGCCCCGACCCCCGUCAAGUCCGCCGGCGCGGCGAGGAAGGCCAUUGGAAAGAUAUACGUGGGGGGUCGCCCCGUCGUGGUGCCGCGCUACGACAACGAGGUCAGCGUGCAGCUGCGCAGCGGGGAGACCACCUUUGUGAUUCAUGAUAUUUACAGCCUGCUGGUCCUGGAGGAGGAGACGCGCGACUUGGUGGGCCUCUCCGUGAUGGUGGAGGGCGACCGUGGUGAGGACCUGGGCGUCGUUACCGCGUUGCUGAAGGCGGAGAGUGCCACGGCGCCUGCCACACCGUCCAAGACGGAGGCAGAGGAAAAGGACAAGGCUUCCUCUCACUCCGCCAAGUCCCUCCCACGCGUGCUGCGCGUUGCGUCGUCCGCUGAGCUACAGCAGAACGAGGCCCUGCCGCAGCUGGAGGCCGAGGCCCUCGCGUACUGCCACGCCUGCCUCGCCGAAGUGCAGCUCGCCGUGCCGAUUGCUGUGGAGGGCGUCUUCUUCCAGUUUGACCGCAAGAAGCUCACGGUGCGCUACACCAGCGACGCCUACGUUGACUUCAACGACGUGACACGGCUGCUCCACAAGAAGUUCAACUGCCGUAUUUGGAUGGAUCAGCUGAACCGCGAGGUCGUCAGCAGCACCGAGAAGCGCAGUCGUCGGGCGGAGCAUGGUGGCAAGAAGUCCGGCGGGGGCAACCAGCGCAGGAACGCGCAGAAGCGCAACGACUCGUAG